UCUUAUACAGAGUACAAAUUUAGCUUCAAAAAAAGAUCAUAAAUUAAGAUCUGUUUUUCGUCCUUACGUGAAGCACCCAUUGACCUGCUGGGCUUAAGUGAUACCGUAAUUUCUUCAUGUAUACAGAUCUUUCUUAAGAUUAGGGGGGUGCUUACAUCUUACCCUCUUCAGAUCUCGUGGACGGGAGCGUCCUAGCAGUUUGGGAUUGAAGCAGAGAAGAAAUCAUGGAGGAGGAAGGUCAUGAUAUGAUCAGCAACCUACCAUCUGAAAUUCAGAAGCUCAUUGUUUCAUCGAUCCCUUUGAAAGAAGCAGUAAGAACAAGCAUUCUUUCAACUACAUGGAGAAGCCUCUGGACACCAUUACAAGUAAAUCUGGAUUUGGGGUCAACUCAGAUUACCAGUCAUGAAGCGACUGAGAAGCUAAAAGAAAUUAUGGGUAUGUUCUUAAGGUCCAAUGAUAGUCCUCGACUGUUGAAACUCUCUAUCAUCUCUCCCAAGAACACUACAGUUUCUGCAGAAUUUGUACAUGAAGGCUUUGCUAUGGCCAUUAAAGGGACUGAUAAGGACCUUCAAAUCGAUUUCGCGAACGCCAAGCAAGCUAUAUGUGAUUUCAAUUUGAUACUAAACCCGAGUUGUCCGAGUCACCGUCAUAUUCAUUCUAUGCAGACAACUAGCUUUUCUUCUCUCAAGACCCUCCACCUUACAUCAAUCACCCACCUCGCAGAGAACUUUGUGUCAUCCUUGUUCUCUAGUUUUUGGCUUCUUGAGAGCUUGAAGCUUGAAAAAUGCAGUGGACUGCGAAAGAUUGAUAUUAAAGGAGCUAACAGUCUUCGGAAUUUUGUGAUGAAGGAUUGUCCAAAUAUAAUCAGUAUUACACUUUCUGCACCUAAUCUCAAAUCCUUCUGGUACAGAGGAGUCCUUCCAAACAUUGAGCUGAAGAACACUCCAUACCUGGUUGAUAUGGUGCUCGAUUUGAAGGAUGGUUCAGGCCAAAACGAAUUCGACUGUGAGGAUGUUCUUUAUUUUCUAUCCUCUCUCAAGGACAUUGAGAUUCUCACCAUAAGCGGCUGGCUUCUUGAGUGGUUGUGUGGUGCAGGGGUGAUCUUUGAACGGUUGGAUUUCGGAUUGAACAAAUUGAAGGAAUUGUGCUGCCUAUAUUCUCUAAUGAAUAGGCCACUGCGUGAUUCGCUUGCUUGCUUCUUAAACAUGACACCAAACUUGGAGAAGUUGUUUGUUAAUAUUGACCAAAGCUACAUUCGAAUCCCAUGCCCAUUUUUCCACCAAUACUGGCAUGAGCCUCACUUAUGGAUGGACUAUGCAACUGUGAAAUGCAAUGCUGCUCAACUCAAACAUCUCAACAUUAUAAAUCUUUCUGGUUUUACAAGUGAAAAGGAUCAAUUACUAUUAAUGGAUCUUUUGCUUCACAAAGCUCUCAAACCCGAGUCGAUGACUGUUUCAUCACCGGAGAAUCGUUCAUGGUCCGUUGCAAAGAUUCCCCAGACCCAUCUAAACAUGACACAAAGAUUCCAGCAAAAAGUUGCUGUCGCUUCGCCGGCAAACAUGGCAUACUCUUUUGUAUUGACAGAAAAGAGAGAAAAAAAAACAAUAACGUAUGCACAAAAAAUGGCCGGUUUUUGUUAUAGUAGACUUUGUUAAACCCACCCCUCUCCCUCCUUUUGUUCUCUUAACUACUUUCUUGUGAAAGUUCAAUGAAAAAGAGAGAGAGAGAGAGAUAACAACUGUCCAAAGAAAAAAAUAAAUUGUAUAAAUGAUCCACUUGGUGCUUCUGUGGUUGUUUCUUACUUUAAUUUCAGGCCCAU